CAUGGUCUCCAGUGAUCGUCAGCCUUCCUUCACUGCGAAGCAACCAGAGCGUGUGCCUAAGGAGAGAGGGCGGCCUGCCUUCCCGAGGAGCAACGAAAACACUGACAGAGAGGGAGAGGGGACUGCCAGCUAGUCACAUAACUUGGGGCAUCUGCCUUGGGGCUGGGUGUCUAUGACUGCUGCAGGGAACUCACUUUGGGCGAACGCAAUUGUCAUGACUGCAAUCUGGUGAACCAAGUGAAUUCAAAAAAAGGAAAGUUGCAGCGGAAGUUUGGGGACAGCAGACAGCUGCCUGGUGUUGCUGGUUUUAGAACUGAAGUUUGGGGCUGUUAACUGCGACUGUUACUGAUUCCUCUCUCACUCGCCUAGUCCAUCACCUCCGAACCCCACUCCACCUGGGGUGGUUUGUCACGAUGUCUAAAGCCGCGGAUCACGUUAAGCGGCCCAUGAACGCUUUCAUGGUGUGGUCCCGGGCGCAGAGGAGAAAGAUGGCCCAGGAAAACCCCAAGAUGCACAACUCGGAGAUCAGCAAGAGGCUGGGAGCUGAGUGGAAGUUGCUCAGCGAGUCCGAGAAACGACCUUUCAUUGACGAGGCCAAGCGGCUGCGGGCGCUGCACAUGAAAGAGCACCCGGAUUAUAAAUACCGGCCCCGCCGCAAACCCAAGACCCUGCUCAAGAAGGACAAGUUCGCCUUCCCUCUGCCUUAUCUAGCCGAUCAGGACGGCCUGAAGGCGGCAGCGGGGCUGCCGCCCAGCGGGCUGCCGGACUCUCUGCUGGGCUCGGCCGACAAAACCCGGCUGCUGUUCCCGCACCCCGCUAGUCCGUACCCGCUCUUCGACACCAGCCCGCUGGGUUCCAAGCUGAGCGAGCUGUCCUCAGGCUCGCUGCCGUACGGGUCGCCGCUGGCUUACCAAAGCGGGGCGGCCGCGGCCGCAGCGGCGGCCGCCGCCUUCAGCGGAGCUCACACUCACAGUCACCCGUCCCCCGGGAACCCCAGCUACAUCCUGCCUUGUAACUGCAGCACCUGGCCGCCCUCAACCCUGCAGCCACCCCUGGCUUACAUCCUCUUGCCCGGGAUGAACAAACCCACGAUAGAACCGUAUCCUGCCGCUUAUGCAGCUGCCUUAUGACGACAGUCUCAACAAAAUGACAAAGUUUCCUUUAAUUCAAAAACAGGAUCGCACUCGUUGCUUACCCACCCCGGAACAUCCCCUCCCCCCUAAAAAAAACUUCAGAGACUUGGAACUGGAAGUUGUGAUUCAGUCAGGCGUUACCUGCUUGCCGAGUACCUUGGAACCAACUUGUCUCAAACUGUUUUUUUUUGCGGGGGGUGGUGGGGGCGGUGGUGCUCGAGGGAAGUAGACGGGGAUUGACUGUAAUUGUUUGUAAAGGAAAGCCAAUUCUAAUCGAUUGUUCAAACUUACCUGUGUGUCUCUGUGCGUAUUUAUAAAUACAUUUCCUACCACGGACUUGGAUGAGCUAGACGACUGUUUCCUUUUGCUGCAGUCACCUUACCUUAUUUCAAAGGAGAUAUUGAUGUAAAUGUCUGUGCACAAGGAGCCACUGCAAUCCCGAAUAUUGCACAUGGAGAUUAUGAAAUAAACUACCCGGCUGCGUUGUUCAAAUAUUCUACUUUGACAGAACCUGCAUUCCAGACUUUCAAAUUGUAAGGCUGUAUAAGACAAAAUCACUAUUGUUCUUGUGAAUAGCUGCCAGUAUCCGCGAAACGCCCCGAGGAAGACAGUGCAUUUGUAAAUGUAGCUUCUAUUUGUUACUGGAUGUCUCCACCAUCCGCCGUCGCCAAGAAAGUGAUGCUGGAGACCUGUAACUAACCCCAUCCCAAACAAACGCGGAAGGGUGACCGGACCCGAAACGAUAACUCUGAUUUUUUUCUUCACAGAUGCUGCCAGAUCUGCUGAGCUUUUCCAGCAACUUCCGUUUUUGUUCCAAACAGACGUGGAUUGCGGGAAAGGAAAGCGGAAACCAAACAUUGUAAAUGUGUACACUUCGAAAGUUGUUACUGCAUGAUUGGUUCACACUUUGUCUAAUUUUUCCCCUUACCACAACGGCCUUGCUCUCUGCUUGACGUCUUGGAUUUAAUGAAAACAUACCCGAAGAUGUGACCUGUCUCCAAAGGCAAGAAACAAACAAAAACAAAGGGAGCAGAGCGAAAUUCUUGCCGUGGGUGAAGCGGUCACUAUUUUGCCUGUUUGUAUUUAUUGCUUAGCUGGACUGAAUUUUUUAGUUCCCCCUCCCCUGCCUCCGGCCAGACAUUGGACUAUUGUCAGUCCUUUCGAGUAACAUUUGCACAUGAAACAAGUCAUAUCUGACCUCAGCGUUCAGUCUAAAGGAUCAAACGCAAAAUAAAGUACAAAUUAAUAGAAUACCAGCUGCACUGUAGACAGUACAAUAGGUCACAUGUCUUCACCGAGUGACUGUGUAGAGCACACCAGAAUGACCACUGACGCGGUCAUCUGGUGCUAGCUUGUCAUUGUUAAUUGGCAUUAGUAUUACUGGCGGGACAAAAUCAACUUCCGAAUCCUCCGAGUUGCUGAAACCGUCGAUUAUUUUCCUCUACUGACAGGAGCACACAACCGGUGACAAUUGCUAACUUGAAGAAGUGUCUAUGACAAAGAACUGUGUUCACAAAGUGUGACCUUCAGCUGCACAUAAUAGGCAGACGUCGGCAAGAUUUCCCACUGAAACAUGCAAGUGUUAAAGUUAACAUUAGCAGAGUCCAACAGUUUUGAUGGAGUUUGCUGCGAGUUUCGGCGCAGCGGUUGUAUCAUUGCCGUAAAUCUACUUUCUGGCGUGUUAGUUAUAAUUCAAGUGUUACGUGGGCCCAGCAUGUUUUGACGUUUUUUAAAUAAAAUUACCAUUUCUCUAACAUAUAAAAAAUUCAAAGUGCGCGUUUUGCGAAUCGUUAUGAAGUUUAAAACAGUGCCGGUAUUUUUUGUUUCUAAUUUAAUUGCAUACGCUGAAAAUUCUUGUAUUUUUCGGGUUUGAUUGCUACCCUGUUCAGUUGUUGAACACAGCGUUUUAA